AUUUAGUUCCGUUUCCGGGUGAAGGUGGACGGCUAAUGCUUGGUACCGAGCGAGAAAGCUGCGUACAUGUCGUAUGUUACAACUAUUUUGAUGCUGUGCGAGUAUAAAUGGCGUCUCAGAUCCCCAUAACAAUUAGAGCCCAGCCGGCAGCAGCGAUCUCUGCCGCAGCCCGGGGCAAGAAACGUGCGGCUAGUCCGGCGGUGUGUGCAGCGCAGCAGGCUACCGGGAGCAGCAGCAAGAAGAAGAAAGGACCAGUGACAGCGACGCCAGCAAUACAGACACUGAUACCAGCAGUAGAGAUGGUGGCAGAGGUAAAAGCAGUAGGAUCAGCAGACAUAGGUCCAACUGCCAUGACAGAGUCCACAGCAAAACCUCCACCAUUCAAAGACCCCACAUUUAUGCAUUCAGCGAUUGGUGGAGCAGCAGCAGGUAAAAAGAACAGGACCUGGAAGAAUCUCAAACAGAUUCUGGCUUUGGAGCGAACUUUACCCUGGAAGCUCAGCGAUCCCAACUACUACAGCAUUGAUGCCCCUCCUUCCUUGAAGCCAGCUAAGAAAUACUCUGACAUCUCUGGACUCCCUGCAAACUACACAGACCCUCAGACAAAGCUCCGCUUUACGUCCUCUGAGGAGUUCUCCUACAUCCGCCUCCUCCCAACUGAUGUUGUUACAGGCUACCUGGCCCUUCGAAAAGCAACUUGUAUUGUACCUUGACAGCACAGCGAGACUUGAAACCUAAAACAGGUUCAAAGCAGAAUUGAACUCAUGUCAGUGUAUAGGAAGAUGUCAGGCAAGGCAGGAGCGCAGGACGCUCCACAGAAAGUGUUCGCUUAAGUCAACAAUAGGAUAUUCUUUUGCUGAUUUGUUAAAAAAAACAUUUGUCUUGGUUUUGUUUUCUUAUUAAGUGUUCCUACAAAUCCCUGGACAAGUUUCUCAGCUUGGCAUGGAUUUACUUAUUUAUUGCUAAAUUCAUGGAGGACAUACCUGAAGUACUGAAUACAGGAAUCACUGGCUAGGAUGCUGUUUGCCCUCCUGUGGUGGAACAACCAUUCUCAGUGGUGUGUCUUUUCCCAUCUACACAAACAAGGUGAAUCCCUGUUGAUGGAAAUUCAGUCUGGUUGAUGAUAAAGGCUGUUGGAAGGUUGAGAUUGACCUUUAGUUACCUUUUAUAGGUUGCUAAUUUGAGUUUCAUGUUAAAGUUUGAUUUCAGUGUGUCUUUCUUUCAUUUUCACUUUCUUUUCUUCUUUGUAUAAAUAUACAUUUUCUAAGUUAUAAAUGGAAACACCUGUAAUUAUACUUGUUGGAAUGAUAUAAAACAUUUCUCUAGAGAACAAGUGCCAUACUGAAACAUGCAGACCUGCUAUCAUAUGUAGCUGUUUCUUGUAUCUUCGGUUACAUUAGGAAGACUGAUUAUAUGAAAGCUAUGUACAGCUGAGUGCAAAAUUUUGCAUCCCCUUACUUUGAACAACAGACUAAAAGAAUCAUUUUCUCAUCAACAUAAUAUUUAAUGCACCAUCACAUAGUACAGAUGUUCCUUCAUCAACAGAAGUAAAAAAAAUAGUCAGGGA